CUGCUCAGCUCCUAACUUGAGCUGCCCUAGCCAGUCAGUCCCCUCCUUUUACACUCAGUAUCGCUGGAAAAGGCAUUCCAUCAUCCAUCAAGCUCUAGCUCAUCUUCAGUAUCAUCAUGUCUCUACUUACCGAUCUACCUCCCGAGCUCCGGCAGCACAUCAUCCGCCUGAUUCCCGGCAGCAUGCCCGACGAAAUCCAGCUGAGUCACACGGGAUGGCCUGAUCCAGUCAAGCAACUGCUGGCCACCUGCAAAGUACUGCGCGCUGAUACCAUCUAUCUCAUGAGUACAUGGUCAUUCGACUGUCUUGUACCACGCAGUGGCUACAUCGACCAUGUGUCUCGUUUGAGCCGCGCCAUCGAGGCUUUGGGCCUGAACAACAGAGUCCGGAAAGUUCGCCUGUUGAUCUUCGCCGAGAUCACGCUCGCGUAUCCCCGUGAACCUGGAAAUAUUGAAUGGCGCCAUGUGGGAACACUUCGUAGGAUCAUGAGGAAGUGGGAAGAGCGAUGCUCAAAUCUCCCUCGGGGAGAUAUUCAGACUGUCGUGGUCGAUAUCACCCCCUUGCCACGGAAAAUGCUCGAAAGCCACCCAAACUUGGUUCAUGCGAAUCUUGUGGACGCGCGGACGGUAUCGUUCUUCAAUGACCGUUGGGCCCCAGUCUCACACAUUAUGACUUGUCUCAACAAGCACUUCAACCCAGCGCCGUUCGAGCUGACUCCUGUGGUGUUGGUCUGGGCAAAAGACGAGGACGGUGAGGACAAGGUUGUCUUGGCCGAGGAGCCUCCUUAUAUGCCUUUGUCAGUCAAAGUCGCAAUUGGUGGCCAAAUCGGAGAGGGCUCAAGGUCAGAUAUUGAAAGCCUUAGAUAUCAUGGGGGCAUCUCCGUCACGUUGAUCAAGAACGGCACUGCUGACUUCAUCGGCACAUACUGCGACGGGGAAAUGCCUGAACAUCUCUCAUUGCAUCGAUUGGUACAGAGAUGCGGUAUACAGCUGGCCACCGACGAGUCAGAAACAGAUUACGAGGUGAACGUAUCUGGCAUCACGUUACUGGAGGACGCCGAGGAAAAUGAGGUCGCACCGGCAAAGGAUUUCUCAGCGUUGAGCCCCAUGCACUUGUCCAAGCACAGCGCCACCGCAUUCUACAAAAUUGCCUUGGAAAAUGAAGAGGCGGCUAGGGGAAUGGUUGUCAAGCUUCUCACCUUCGCUGCGGACUGUCGACAAUCACUUGACAACUUGCCGCACUUGGACUUCCUGCCAGCCACCCCACUGAGAGAUGGACUCGUGCGUGAGCUUUGUCGUGAUUUGGGCCUCUUAUGCAACAGCAUUAAAGGCAAGUAUGGGAAGUUUCAACGAGUCUCGUCGCUGGGUCACGAGCUAAACUCACGCCUGAAUGGCAUCAGAGGCCGUAACUGUGAGCCGCUGAUGGAAGCCCUUUCUAUCAGCCACACUGUGGAUCCUGGUGCAAAUAAAGAUUAA